GAGCAGAUACCUGCUACUUGUCCACCACGCACGUCCUUUUGUUCCCGGUUAGUCAGAGGGACACGGUGAGUUACCGCGGCACCACGAAGGCAGCAGGCAGACCAGCCCUGCGGCUCCCCCCGCACGCGCAGCCCGGCCGUCCGCGACCCGGCACGGAGCAGCCGCUCGUUCUGCCUUGCCCCCCUCCCCCCCUCGCUCGCUAGCGGGCCCAUGUAAAGAUUAAUUUAUCAUUCUGCCAGACUGAUUAGCGCGGAGGGAGGCGGAGCCGCGGCUGGUCACGUGACGCAGUGAGUAAGCUCGGGGUUUAGCGACACGGCGCGCUGCCCUAUGGCUCGGCAGUAGAGUCGCGCUGGAGAGCCGCGGCUCGGAACCGCUAUGGCCAGUGCGCGGAGGACGCUGGAUAAGCUACCGUCUGAGGCAACCCGUGGCUUCCCGCCGUUAACAACGGCAGUGGUCACCAGACUUGAUGCUGACGAGAUUAAGAGACUAGGGAAGAGGUUUAAGAAACUCGACCUCGAUAACUCGGGCUCCCUGAGCGUAGAGGAGUUCAUGUCGUUGCCGGAGUUACAGCAGAAUCCUCUGGUACAGAGAGUCAUCGACAUAUUCGACACUGACGGUAAUGGGGAAGUCGACUUCAAAGAGUUUAUAGAGGGAGUCUCGCAAUUUAGUGUCAAAGGUGACAAGGAACAGAAGCUGCGAUUCGCCUUUCGCAUCUACGACAUGGACAAGGACGGCUACAUCUCCAACGGCGAGCUCUUCCAGGUCCUGAAGAUGAUGGUGGGCAACAACCUGAAGGACACCCAGCUGCAGCAGAUAGUCGACAAAACCAUCAUCAACGCAGACAAGGACGGCGACGGGAGAAUAUCCUUCGAGGAGUUCUGCGCGGUGGUGGGAGGACUAGACAUACACAAAAAGAUGGUGGUGGAUGUGUGACGGAUCUACCGGCUCCCGCUCUCCUCUCCACCCCUGAAGAUUUGCCCCCAAACGCCCCCGGCGAUGCUCUCUGUGUAUUUCAAUGGAAGUAUUUUUUUUUUCUCUGUGAAGCCACCUUUAUCUCUCUUCCUUUAUCUCCCCCCCACCCAGAACAAGCCUCACCAAGCCAACUCUGAAGUGUUAUUGAACUUUGUUUCUCUUCGUAACUCAGUGUAGCACUUUAAAUGGCUAAAAGGUUGCUAUUCUUUAUUGGAAAGAGCAUCGCAGGCGAUAGAGGAAGAUAGGGCUGGCUUGUUUUUAUUUUGUUGUUUUUUUUUUUUAUAUUUAUUUUGGUCUUGUUUAUUUUUUAACAAGGAGGUGUAUCUAUAUUUCUGUAGGGGGGGAAGAGUGUAGUGAACUGAGUUGCGGUUUAAAUAUACUUGAUUUCUUCACAACAUAACAGUAGGGUUUGAUGUGCCAAGCAGAACCUAUUAACAUUACGAGCCAGAUUAAGGUCUGGUCACUUCACCAUCAUAUUAAUCAUGGGAGAACUGGUUAGAGAACAUGAAGCACUGUGUGAUCGAUGCAAUCUCAAUCCCAAAUAUAUGAAUCUUUCUCUCCCCUCGUCUCUGUUUUACACGCACUAUAAGUCUGCUUUAUUUUCAACAUUUCGCUUUCCUAGACAUAGAAAAGAAUGAACACACAGUACACCAGAAAUAUAAUGCUUGUUUUUUUUUUUUUGUACGGUGAGGGAUUGCCUGAUUCAACCACGUUUGUAUAUUUGUAUUGUUGGGGAAGCUAAUCUCAGUUCCUUGUCUUGCUUUGAGUUGUCGUAGUGAGCAUAGAGAUAGAUGCCAAGGUGAACGUGUCUAAUGCAAGCAGAACUGCAGUUUACGUCGGCGCCGGGCCUCGUUUUAUUGCGGUAGCUUUUGUGAGCGGUUCGCGUCCAUCGCAACACCUCCCUACUUCCAGGAAAUUUAAAAAGAUCACAUCACAGCUAACGAAACAUUUCUAUUGGAAACGGCUGUAACGUUUUAACGUAUUUUUGUAUUUUAUUACCUUUUAAACAGCGGUUAAGGUAAACAGUCAAGCUACUGCAUUCGAAUGUGCUCCAAAACGUCAGAAAACGCAGAUAGUUUAUAAUCUUUUGUAAAUAUAGGCGAGAAUUGCAUCUUGCUUUAUAGUGUGUUACAAUGAUGAACUAGUGCGGGCUUAUUUUUUUCCUUAACAGAUAUAUGUAUAUUAGGCAAAUGAGGGAUUCCAUAUUUGUUGUCUUUUUUUUUUUGCUUUUAAACAGGGAGGAUUGCUUUUGCUUUCAACCAGAUUUCGCCCCUCCAUGCCUUUGUUACAGUGCCCCCAUUUACGGUUGUUUUCUUUCCUCAUAAAUUUUACCCUCGGAGUUAAGAUUUAACUCCUCGUUAAUGUGUCAGAGUGAUAAAUACUCAGUGGAUUACAUUUCAUGAGGGUGUGCAUUUUGAAAUUAAAAAAAAAAAAAAAAGCUUAUCGCUCCCUCCUCACCGCAUCUUUUUUUGUGCUUUGAGAGAACUGAGGAGGAGGAGGGGGGGGCAGGGUGAAGGGUUACAUUGGGAUUUAAAGUGGUUUAAAAAUAUAUUCUUAAAGCUCAUCCCAGCGUGAGUCCUGCUUCAGCUGGGCUGGGAGCUCAUCCCGGCUAGUGUCUCACUGCAAGUCGUUCCCUUUCAGGAUGUCUUUCAGAAAGAUUUUGCACGCUGCCCCCCCCCCCCACUAGCUCUCAGUGUGCUUGCAUGAUUUUUUAUUUUUUUUUGCCCCCCCACCCCCUUCCCCAUGCAUGUAGAUCCAUUUCCUGAGACGUUCCUCUUGUUUACAUAUGAGAUGUAAAUGUUAACAUUAUACAGAAUCACAGUAUGAUAUAGAUGUUGCCAAACUCUGGUGAAUGCUAACGUGAGAUCGACCGUGAUCGCUGAGGAUGCUUCACUACACGGGAGUUUUUUUUUUUUUUUAAAUCCUUGGGAAUGACGUGUCACGUGUAUUCCACCAAAGCUUCGGGUCAGGCCUGGCUCUGCUCCGACGGCCACCUGCUCUGCUUCAAGGGGAAACCAGUUGUGAUUUUUAAAAAUAUAUAAAUAUAUAUAAAUAUUCUUUUUGUACAGAAGUAUGUUAUAAACACGGUUUUGCACUUUCCCUUCUGUGUGGCUAAUGCUGUAAGACUUUUAACGCGACUGUUUCCGUCUCUGGAGGAAUGAGUAUUUACUUUGUGAUAAGGCAAAUGAUGGUUCAAGGUCAAUUCUUUCUUCCUUUGCUUUUUUUUAAUUAUUUUUCUGCAUGCUGCAUCCUGUGCUGUGGGAAAUAUUGGAAACUUCAUACUGUAUGAAAAUGGAAAAAAAAUAAACUUUCAAACAGCA